AUGAAUGAGAAAGCGGAACAACACCAAAUGACAAAACUUCAGCCAUCAGCAUCUUCUGUUACUCCUCCAUCAUUCAGCAUCGUCAUGACCACAUCCUCUCCUAUUGAUAUCCCUAUUCAAAAGCUCGUUCUCGGCCCUCUUGACAAUCUACUUUUAAUAGCUAACGGGGUGCCACACUGCCGGCGUUGUGGGCAGGCGAGUGUAGAUUUUUCUGGAAAUUGUCUUCUUUGGAGAAGGGUACAAGAGGAAGCAGGCAUUAACGAAGCAGAUUUAGAUCCUGCAUUAAUAUUGACAUCAAUCAUGCCAGUAUUAAGAAAAAUUAUCGCAUCAGAUUUAAAUCCACAGUAUACUCGUGAAGUCCUAGGAUAUGCCGUCCAACAGCAGGAGGGAAGAUGUCAUUGCAUCGUUAAUGAUGCUGACGAAUCAUAUUUUCAAUUUUCUUAG